AUGGCAUUAUCGGGUACCAAGCCCAUUGUACUACACAUUGGAGAUCCAGUCAAGUGGAACACGGAUUUCUAUGAUGUCUUUUCCAAGGACUACACCGUCGUGCGACCGUCUUUUGAAGAGCGCCAGCGAGAUGAGUUCAUGAUAGGAUUGAAGGAGAAACGAUGGGGUGGCUUUUCCGCUAUCUUUCGUCCAUUUUGGAACACUGGAGGCGAGAUGGGCAGAUGGGAUAAAGAGCUUAUCUCGUUACUACCAUCGUCGUGCAAAAUAUUUGCGUCGGCUGGUGCCGGUUUCGAUUGGGUUGAUGUUGACAUUCUGGCUGAGCGGGGAAUCCUUUAUUGCAACAGUGCUGCCGCCGCAACAGAGUCCGUAGCCGACUUCGCCCUCUUCCUGAUCUUAGCAACUUUCAGAAACUUGACCUGGUGCACAACAGCCGCCAGAACCUCCUCAGCCGACUUCAAAGACUGUCACGAGAAUGCGGCGGCCGUCUCCCACAAUCCUCGUGGUAAUGUUCUUGGUGUCAUUGGCCUAGGAAACAUCGGUUACGAGAUCGCUCGUAAAGCCUACCGAGCUUUCGGCAUGAAAAUCAAGUACUAUGACCUCUUCCGCAAAGACAAGGUUAAGGAAUCAGAUAUCGAAGCCGAGUUCUUCUCGGAUUUAGAAGCUAUGUUGGCGAUUAGUGACUGUGUGGUACUUGCCACGCCCGCGAUCCCUGGUGGAAAGAAGCUCAUCACGAAAGAGCGAUUGGCGAGGUUCAAGAAGGGCGGUAGAUUCGUGAAUAUUGCGAGGGGAUCUUUGGUUGACGAUGAGGCGGUAGCGGAUGCUGUCGAGCAGGGGAGACUGGUGGGUGUGGGCAUGGAUGUGCAUGAGAACGAGCCGAGUGUUAAUGAAAGGUUGAAAGCGUCAAAGUUGGUGACAUUGACGUCGCAUAAUGCUGGAGGCACUUUGGAGACACACAUGGGCUUCGAGUCCCUCGCCAUGAAGAACGUCGAUGCGGUGUUGAAGGGAGAAGAACCCUUGACGCCUGUCAACACGCAUCUAAUCGGGUUCCGGAAGCCAAAGCAAGGCUCUGAAUCCCGUACCUGGAACUAG